AUGUUUCGAUACCGGAGAUAUCGUGUUUUCUUGGUGUUUGCCGUUGUUGCGCUGUUUGCGCUGUACAAGUUUGGAGCAUCUGGGACGACAUGGCGCGACGCUGCAUCGACUGCAGCGGAACUAAAGAAUGAGGCCGAGGAUGCUCUAGGAUUCGGGUUCAAGCCACGCCCUCCCAUAGCACACGACACGAAGAAGCUGGAACUGGAUAUUCCGGUCGCAAGCAGAACGCAAGCGCUGCAGACGCCGCCGCCCGCGAAGACGAUUCCAUCGCUGUCGCCCUCGAGUCCUGUCGUGACAGAGAAGCCGCAGCCACAGAAGCCCGCGAUCCCGCCCCCUCUGCAACCCAAACCACACGGCAACCCUGCGCCGCUCGACGACGCCUCCACCAGCAUUGAACCCAUUCACUGGUCUAAGUUGCCCGAGAAGUUCCCUGUCCCCACGCAGUCCAUCAUCAAGCUGCCCACGGGCAAACCUCGCGACAUACCCAAGAUACAGCACAAGUUCAAGCCCGAAGAUGCGGCAGCAAAGACAGACCGAUUAGCAAAGCUGGAUAGAAUCCGCGCUGUCUUCCAAAAGUCGUGGAGCGGAUACAAAGAGUUCGCCUGGUUGCACGAUGAGCUGAAACCGCACUCGGGCACUUUUAGGGAUCCUUUUGCUGGCUGGGGCGCAACGCUGGUCGAUGCCCUGGACACGCUGUGGGUCAUGGGCAUGAAGGACGAGUUCAGCGCCGCGGCCCAGGCCGUGGACCAGAUCGACUUCACCACGACACCCCGCGCCGACAUCCCCCUCUUCGAGACCACUAUCCGCUAUCUAGGAGGUCUGCUUGCGGCUUACGAUCUAAGCGGCAAGAAGCACAAGAACUUGCUGGCCAAGGCAACUGAGCUGGCCGACAUCCUACUAAGUGCCUUUGACACCCCAAAUCGCAUGCCAGAGACGUACUACUACUGGAGGCCACAGUUCGCUUCGCAAAAUCACCGUGCUAGCGUACGUGUGGUACUGGCAGAGAUUGGAUCCAUGUCCAUGGAAUUCACCCGCCUCGCCCAGCUCACCGGUGACCACAAAUACUAUGAUGCGAUAGCGCGCAUCACGGACAACCUCGAAGAGUUCCAGAACAAUACGAGACUGACUGGCAUGUGGCCCACGUACCUGGAUGCCUCGGGGUGUGGGAAGGUACAUGCAGAUCCACUAGCCCAAGCACGGCUCAAUGAUCAUAAUACUCCGCUUCAACCAUCCACUGUUCCGGCACCCACGCAGGGCAAGAAGGAAAUUCCUCUCCAGUUGCCAGAUCCUGUAGUCCUCGCACCCAAUGGCGUGAAUCCGACUUACGUAGCAUCCCCGGAGGAAGACACCAUCGCGCUAGGUAACGCUGGCAAGGGCACAAUCCGCAAUUGGGAUGGCAAGCCUCUGGAGAGGCGGCAACUUGACGUCGAAGUCGAGGACCCUCCGAUGGUCCAAGCAGGUUCCCAGGAUGAUUCGCUACCCGACGUAGCCCCGGCUGAAACUGCGUUACCUACACUACCCGUGUGUGUAGAACAGGGUUUCGUAUCAUCAUCUGAGUUUGGCCGUGAGGAGUAUACCCUCGGGGGUUUGUCUGACUCAACCUACGAGUAUCUACCUAAACAGUACUUGCUCUUGGGAGGUCAAGUUGAGAAAUAUCAGACCAUGUACGAACAGUCCAUGGACGUGGUGAAGGAGCACUUGAUCUUCAGACCAAUGUUGCCGAAAGAGGAUGACGUUCUGUUCUGUGGCAAGCUGAAUGUGCCAUCGCGCGUGAAGGACUUGGUCCCUGGCGAUUUGACUGGCGAAUAUGCCCAUCUUACAUGCUUUGCUGGCGGCAUGUUCGGCAUGGGUGCUAAGCUAUUCAAUCGACCAAACGAUCUUGAGAUUGCGAAGAAGCUGACCGAAGGCUGCGUCUGGGCCUAUGACAUGACUCAAACUGGUAUCAUGCCAGAGUCAUUUGAAGCGAUACCCUGCGAGAAUGCACAAGAGUGUGCUUGGAACGAAACACUGUAUUUCGAAACAAUCGACCCAAAUGCGGAUCUCCGCCACGAAGCCUACAAGGGGCAAAUGCAAAUUUUUCACUCUCAGGUGGCGUCCGCAUCGUCUUGGUAUGAGGAACAGCUUGCUGCCAUGACCGCGCCUGCGAAGGUGGUAGAUCCCUCAUAUCCAGUUUUGGCAACGCCAACGCCCAUAUAUGCGGAUACCUUGGACAAGCGCCAACUGGCUCAUUUGGUAGAUGAUGCGGAGACAAUAGUAGGUGGAGCUGAAGAGCCCCAGCACCUGCCAACGAAGGUCCAACCUCUGCAAGAUGACGGGGAAGCCAACCUCGAGCAAAGUCAAACACUACCUGCAUUUCCCUAUAUCUACACACCCAGUCCACCGUUAAACCAUAAGGACUAUGUACAGAACCGAAUCAAAGACGAGCGUCUUCCACCAGGCGUCACAAGGAUCGGAGCGCGGAACUACAUUCUACGCCCGGAAGCCAUUGAAUCUGUAUGGUACAUGUACCGCAUCACGGGCGACAACCACUGGCGCGAAGUCGGCUGGCGCAUGUUUCUCGCCGUGGACAAGCACACCUCGACUAAGUACGGCAAUUCCGCCAUUGAUGAUGUCACACAGUUGUCCCCGAGCCUCAAUGACGAAAUGGAGAGCUUCUGGCUCGCGGAGACGUUGAAGUAUUUCUACUUGCUUUUUGAGACAGAGGACGUACUAAGCUUGGACGACUGGGUAUUGAAUACUGAGGCCCACCCUUUUCGCAGGCCUACGUAA